GGUGUGUUUAUGAGGGUGAGUGUGUGUGGGUGUGUGAGUAUCAUGGUGAGUAUGUGAGUGAUGGUAUGUGACAGUGUGAGUUUGAUGGUGAUUGUAUCAUGGUGAGUGCAAGCAAUACUGUGAGCUUGACUUAUUUCCCCCCCCCUCCCUUUACCCACUCUUCCUCCCUCUCCCUGCCCUCCCCUCACUCUCCCCCAACCCUCUACUUCCCUGCCUCUAUCCCUCUCGGCGUGGCCGAGUGGUUACUUCUAAAGAAUUAUGGAACUCUUUAUCCCUCUCCUUUCUCCCGUAACUACCUCGCCUGUUAUACAGGAGAUCGUGGGUUUGAUCCCUACCCUCACAUCUGCUAUAUAUUUCGAGUUUGCAUGUCUCUCUCUCCCCGUGGUCGCGUUCAGAGUGUUUGGUUUCUAUAAAUGUCGACGUGAUGAUAGGCCACUUCGUUGACCUAUCAUUUGUGGCAUUUUCCCGUCUGAAGAAGAGCUGUGUAGCACGGUGGGCAUUACCUGGAAAAAUUUAAAUAGUUUAGUUUCCUCUUUUCCUCCUCCCUUCCUCCCUCUCCACACCCAUCCCCCCCAGCACAACAACAAGAAGCAGGAGGAGGAUGGUUUGUUUCCCAAGCCGAGCACUUCCGGGUCCACCUUCAUGAUCCUCCCUCUGCCCCGGGGGUGGGGGCGGGGAGAUCCCCUUGAACAGGGUUACGCUGCUACUUCCGUUAAGGCCGGGGCAAGUGGAGGCGGCGCUGUGCAUUGUGGGUGGCGAGAGGCUGAUUUGGAUUCCCUCUCACGGCCACCAUUGGUGGUUCGCGAGCUUCUGAAGUGGCGGCUCGCUGGCUGGGCCUCCUCUACGUCGACUCAGCCAGAAGAAUGUAAGAACCAAGCGCGGUGUGGACACAUCAGCAGUGGCGCUGGUGGGGGGGAGACAAAGGAGUCACCUGGCCUACAAGACCACGGAGUCUGAAGUCGAACCCAGGACCUGCUGUUUCCGGUCCCGCGCACAACCAGCACUGCACCACGUGAUGCGCCAGCCGGGCUCGUGGGGGGCGGAGCCUCGCGCUAGUGACGUCACCUCUGUUACGUCACAGCCACGCCUCCACCCACAGUGGAGAGGAAUGCACACGAGGGAGCAGCAGAAGAAGCCUUUUGAGAGCGAAUCCUCAACGAGGCCAUCCAACUUCAAACAAAAUCUACUCCUUCCCAACAACAUGGACAGACAAAUCACGUGGGCUGAGAUCUUGGAUGACUAUGAGGCCCGGGAGUCGGCGUGCCAGUCGACCACGUGGGGGGACGUUAUGGAUAAGGUGGACCCUUUCCCAGGCCAAAGUUACAAGAAUCGCUCACCAAAGAGGAUAAUUGGAGAGUUGAAGGACGUCAGCGGGGUGAAGCAUCUCCAGGAAAAGAACCUUGGCAAAGAAAGAUGCACCAUGGAAGAGGAGCGCCUCUUUGAGGUGCAGCGCAUUGCCAGGGCGAAGUGCCGCACAGAGGAGAAGUACUUCCGAGAUUAUCUCCUCAAGAAGCGCCUCAUUAAAGUGAAGUACUUCAUUGAUGAGAAGCAUCAUCGCGAGAUGAAGUGUGCUGAGGAGAAGAGUCUGGAGGAGGAGGAGAAGUGUCUCGACAACGUGAAACACGUCGAGGAGGAGAAGCGCCUUGAGCAGGAGCAGCGCCUCGCCAGCAUUGCUACCAUCACCACCACCGCUACGGCCGGCACCUUCACCCCCACCCCUGCCACCGCCAACGCCACCACGGCCACCACCGCCACCACGGCCACCACCGCCACCACGGCCACAACCGCCACCACUGCCACAAAACCCGCCGCCACCACUGCCACCACCGCCACCACCGCCACCACUGACACCGACGCCGUUGCCGCUACUGCCACAAAACCGGCCGCCACCUCUGCCAUUGCCACCGCCACCACCGUCACGACCGCCAACACUGCCGCCACUGCCACCACC